GUAAAAAGGUAAAUCAAAAAAAUUUAGAUAAUAACCUGUGGGAACUGAAUAAGCUAAAACAAGGAGGAGUGCAUUCCACGUACAAUAAGUUACAACUGGAUAAAAUUAACGAAGCGAAUAAUACGAACGAAGUUAGGAAGGUUGUUUUAACGAGACACAUAACGCCGUCCUUUAUAGAAAUACUAAAGAAUGACACGGGACGUGGAGAAGGGGAAACAAAAGAAAAUCAUGAACAGAAUAGCGUAAUUGACCAAUGGAAUGCCGUUUCGCAUGACAUGAAAAAGAGCAGCACGUCCUACUCAACUGUGGUGAAGGACGAAACUUGCGAUUUUGUAAAAGCGGCAAAGAAGGGGAGCGAAUUUUUAAGAUACUUCAAAAACGAAAAUGAGAAUUCUAAGGCCAGGGACAGGUACUGGGAAAUAGGGAGAAGCAAAUUAGGGGAACUGCUAAAGAUGUACAAGGAGAAGCAAACCAAUUCGACGGCGAAGUAUGGGGCGAGUGGUGACCUCGUCGAAGAUGAAGACAGAGAUGGAGAAACCAACACGGACAUAUUCGAUUACAAGAAGGACAAAAUGUACAGUACUAUUUUUAACCUAGAAAGUAAGAAGAAGCAAAAGAGCACUCUGCAGGAUAAGGCAGAUCUACUAAAACUGAAACAAUCGCUACCUAUUUUUAGAUCCAGAAAGGAACUUCUAGAUGCAGUUUACAACAACAACAUUAUCAUCAUUGUGGGAGAAACGGGUUCUGGAAAAACGACGCAGAUAGUGCAGUAUUUAUAUGAAGAUGGCUAUCAUAAAAAUGGAAUCAUUUGCUGUACGCAACCCAGAAGAGUUGCCGCCGUUUCAGUGGCCUAUCGAGUGUCACACGAAAUGAACGUUGAAAUAGGAUCCCUAGUUGGGUACACCAUCAGAUUUGAGGACAACACAACGAAGGAUACCAAAAUUCGUUACGUCACAGAUGGUAUACUACUAAGAGAGACAUUAACCGAUAAGGAUCUAGACAAAUACAGUGUCAUCAUAAUGGACGAGGCGCACGAAAGGUCAAUCAAUACAGAUGUACUGCUAGGCAUAUUAAAAAAUAUUUGUCUAAAGAGGAACGACUUAAAACUGUUAGUCACAUCAGCCACCAUCGACUCAAAAAAAUUUUCAGAAUUUUUUGGAAAUGCCCCCAUAUACAACAUCCAAGGUAGAACAUUUAAGGUGCAUUUAGAAUAUUUAAGAAGCCCUUGUAAUGACUACAUAGAAUGUGCUGUUCAAAAGGCGAUUGAAAUUCACAUCUCGGAUAAUAACUACGACAACAAUUUUGGGGACAUCCUAAUUUUUAUGACGGGACAGGAGGACAUAAAUGCUACAUGCUACCUUCUCAGUGAGAGGUUUUACGAGGUAUACGAGUCGUAUAAAGAAUCCAAGAGUCAUAAGAAGGAAACUCUUAACAAGAUUAGAAGCAUUAUAAAGGAUAAACCCGAGGGGUCGGGUAAAAAUCUAGGGGAAAACGAACCCGAUCAUCCGGAUGAUAAUAACUGCAGUGGGGACGAGAGCGAUUAUGGCCCACAACCCCUUCACGCAGGAAACGUCACACAGAAAGACGAAUCGCAGAAUUCGAUCCAUCCAUUUUACGUCUUCCCUAUUUAUUCCCAACUAUCCAGUGAACAACAAAGCAAGAUUUUCCAAAAAUACGAUUUGCGAAAAAUAAUCGUAUCAACAAAUAUAGCAGAAACGUCACUCACGCUGGACGGAAUAAAAUAUGUCAUCGACAGUGGGUACUGCAAAUUAAAGGUGUAUAAUCAGAAAAUAGGAAUGGAUGUGCUUCAAAUUACGCCCAUCUCUCAAGCGAAUGCAAAUCAGAGAUCAGGAAGAGCGGGGAGAACCGGAGCAGGUAUAUGCUACCGCCUAUACACAGAAAAUACAUUCCUCUGUGAUUUAUACCCAAAUAAUAUUCCAGAAAUACAGAGAAGCAAUUUAGCAAAUGUUGUAUUGUUACUAAAAUCGUUAAAUGUAGAAAAUGUUUUUGAAUUUGAUUUUAUUGAUAUACCUAGCAGAGAAAGUAUUAUAAACUCGUUACACGAAUUGUGGGUACUGGGUGCUAUAAAUAAUGAAGGGAAUUUAACAGACAUUGGGAAAAAAAUGAUUCUUUUCCCCCUUGAUCCUCCUCUGUCAAAAAUUGUUAUAUAUAGUGAAAAUUUUGAAUGUACUAAAGAAAUUCUAAUUAUUGUUAGUAUGCUAUCCUCAGCAGCAAUUUUUUUAGAAGCUAAAGAAAAUAGUGAAGCUAUCGAAUCGAAAAAGGAAAAAUUCACUGUCCCAGAGAGUGACCAUCUCACAUUGUUAAAUAUCUACCUGCAAUGGCGUUCCCAUAAUUACUCCCCAAGUUGGUGCUCAAAAAAUUUCAUUCAAUAUAAGUCUAUGAAUAAAGCCAAGGAAGUAUAUUCACAACUGAGUGACAUAAUUAAAACCCUAAAAAUGAAAAAUCUUUCUUGUAAUAAUAAAUGGGAAUGUGUCAGGAAAACUAUAUGUUCUGGUUAUUUUCACAAUGCUGCUAAGUUGAAAUCCAUUUCGGAGUAUGUCAAUUUGAGGACAAAUGUAUCCUGUCAUGUGCAUCCCAGUUCGUCUCUAUACAACAUUGGCUACACUCCUGAUUAUGUCGUAUAUCAAGAAAUUGUUUUCACUACAAAGGAAUUCAUGCGUAAUGUGACUACGGUCGAUCCUGAAUGGCUCUGCGAAUUGGGGCCACUCUUCUUUUACAUGAAAAAUACGUAA